AUGAGGGAAACCAACCAAGCAGUUCUAAUGGCUCAAAACAUUGACCAGAAGCCGUCAGCGUUGGUAAAAAAGGAGGCUUCCAUCUCUUCCUCGACAAACCCGCAAGACUUAUUUUUUCCGAAUUAUUGGACAUUGAAUCUUGUUAUUCCAAGAGUUGAUGAUCUAAUGGAGUCUAAAGGUGGCAAGAAGUCCAGUAGUAAAUCCUUAUUCUACGAAGCGCCCCUUGGAUAUAGCGUUGAAGACAUUCGACCAAACGGUGGCAUCGAGAAGUUUCAAUCUGCUGAAUACUCCAAUCGUGCCCGUAGACCAUCCUGA